AAACCCGAGCGAAAGCGGACAUUACCGAAAUACCACCGCUCAUCUCCCAGCGUCAGUGAAAGUGCUGGUCAAACCUGAGAUCUUUUUAAAUAAAUAAAAAAUGUCGCGGCUGGUCGUCCGGUGCGUCCUGGGAGCGCUGCUGGUCCUGCAGUCCGCCGCCAUCAUCAGAGUUCCGCUUCAUAAAACCAGAAGUCUGCGCCGCUUGAUGAGCGACAGUGGCUUAUCUCUGGAAGAGCUGCGGGCUUUGGCUGCGCGUAACGGAGCGCAGGACAGCGCGCCCUCCCCCGACGUGCCCGUGGAGAGGCUGACCAACUUCAUGGAUGCCCAGUACUACGGGGCGAUCAGCAUCGGCACCCCCCCGCAGGAGUUCACCGUGCUCUUUGACACCGGUUCCUCCAACCUCUGGGUCCCCUCCUUUCGCUGCUCCUUCUUCGAUUUGGCCUGCUGGAUCCAUCAUCGCUACAACUCCAAGAAGUCGAGCACGUACGUUCAGAACGGCACUGCGUUUUCAAUCCGGUACGGCCGAGGCAGCCUGUCUGGCUUCAUCAGUGAGGACACUGUCUCCAUCGCCGGCCUGUCUGUGCCCGGCCAGCAGUUCGGCGAGGCGGUGAAGCAGCCCGGCAUCACGUUCGCCGUGGCGCGGUUCGACGGCGUGCUGGGCAUGGCCUACCCCUCUAUAUCCGUGGCUGACGUCACCCCGGUGUUCGACACGGCCAUGGCCGCCAAGCUGCUGCCCCAGAACGUCUUCUCUUUCUACAUAAGCAGAGACCCGGCGGCCGCCGUUGGCGGGGAGCUGAUGCUGGGCGGGACAGACCCGCAGUACUACACCGGAGAGCUGCACUACGUUAACGUGACACGCAAGGCCUACUGGCAGAUCAGUAUGGACGGCGUUGGUGUUGGAAACCAGCUGACUCUCUGCAAAUCCGGUUGCCAGGCCAUCGUCGACACGGGGACGUCCCUCAUCGUGGGUCCCUCGGAGGAAAUCAGGGCGCUGCAGAAAACCAUCGGAGCUCUGCCGAUUCUGAUGGGAGAGUACUUCAUCGACUGUAAGAAGAUCCCUUCUCUGCCUGUUAUUUCUUUCAACAUCGGGGGAAAGAUGUUUAACUUGACUGGAGAAGACUAUAUAAUGAAGGAGACUCAGAUGGGAACGUCUAUCUGCAUUUCGGGCUUCAUGGCCAUGGACAUCCCCCCGCCGGCGGGGCCCCUCUGGAUCCUGGGGGACGUGUUCAUCGGGAGGUACUACACCGUGUUCGACCGGAGCGCCGACCGGGUGGGGUUCGCCCCCGCCAAGUAAAACCACUGACCACUGAGUGACUGAAGAGGCUCGCAGAGCAGGACGCCACCGUCUUUAUUGCACUAGUUGAUUUUCAGGAAAAGAAAAAAAAAAAGAGAGAUUUGUUUGAAUAUUUAAACUGUGUGCGUUAAUGAUGAGAUUUUCAUUGAAGUGUU